GAUUAGGCUGCCACUUUGGCAAUACGUCAGUCAAAUGAAUCAAGUUGUUGCGAUUGUGAUUCAAGAAAUACGUCGUCCUAAAUUUGUCUCAAUUAUAUACAAUAAUCCUUUAGAAACGGCUAGUGAACUAGUACAAGAGUGCAAUAAACACGUAACUAUCGCUUUUAAGUAACAAGAAAAAUUUUAUAAAUAUAGAAAAUGAAUCCUGAAUAUGAUUACUUAUUCAAGUUGCUUCUCAUUGGAGACUCUGGCGUAGGGAAAUCAUGUUUGUUAUUGAGAUUUGCAGACGACACUUAUACAGAGAGUUAUAUUAGUACUAUCGGAGUAGAUUUUAAAAUCAGAACUAUUGACCUAGACGGGAAGACAAUUAAAUUGCAAAUCUGGGAUACCGCGGGUCAGGAACGAUUUAGAACGAUCACUUCGAGUUAUUAUAGAGGAGCUCACGGUAUCAUUGUAGUUUAUGAUUGUACGGAUCAAGAUUCUUUCAACAACGUCAAACAGUGGUUAGAGGAAAUCGAUCGUUAUGCGUGUGACAACGUAAAUAAACUACUUGUAGGCAACAAAAGUGAUCUAACAACAAAGAAAGUUGUCGAUUUUACUACGGCCAAGGAAUACGCCGAUCAGUUGGGUAUACCGUUUUUGGAAACAUCGGCGAAGAACGCUACCAACGUAGAACAGGCGUUCAUGACCAUGGCCGAGGAAAUUAAAAAUAGAGUGGGGCCACCUUCUUCUGCGGCGGAUCAGGGUAACAAAGUUAGGUUCGAUCAAAGUCGACCAGUCGAAACUACCAAAUCCGGAUGUUGCUGAAAAUAUUUCGAUCCAAUGGUUAAAGAUGGUCACUUAAGUCAUCUCUUUUGUACAGUAGCACCGCUACCAUCAUUAUUAUAUAGUAAUAUCCGUCUGUAUGUAUAGUUAUUUUAAAAAUUUUUGAUUUUUAUUCAAAGUUUGUUCGUUUUUUUGGGUUUGAAAAAAAAAUUAGAAGACACCAAUAUUUCUUAGCCUAAUCUUUAAUCCCCCUUUCCACGACCCCCUAUCCCAACUAGUUAAUUCUGUCAUAUUUAUUAACAAUUUUUUUUUGUAAAUCGUUCAUGUCCAAAAAAACUUUUUUUAAAAAAAAAAUAUUUAUUCUAAAUACCAUUCCUGCUACGAUUUUCUAUAAAAAAUAUUUGUUAUAAUUUGUUUAAACAAUAUUGGACGUUGACGUCCGAAUUUAGAAAAAUUUAUCAUUAAAAAUAUUUUUUUUUCUUAAAUAUAUCACCGUAUAUAUUAGCAAAGCUGUCAUCGUUUUUUUUUUAAUUAAUUAAUUAAUUAUCUCAUUAUCAUCGUUUUUAACUUAAAUUUAAACAUAGAAACAACGUAAAAUAUAAUAUAUAUGAAGUGUAUGCGAUUGUAAGUUUUUUGGUCAAUAGGUUUUUUUGUAAAUUAAAAAUAUUCCGAAAUGAAAA